CACGUCAGCAUGUCAUACCAAUUUGGAGACAACAAACAAAAUAAAGGCAAAAACGUGCUGCACACAAAUGCGUUUUUAGUAAUGUUUUUUUUAAUUGACUUUUCUCGGAGUUUCUUCUUGGAAACGAAGAUCUCCUUCAAUGGAAGUUGUAAGCGUAGCAGACGGUGGGUCGGCGAUUCAAGUCAAACCGGGUCAAACCCGGGAGCUCGGAAGAGGCAACGGCCUCAAUUCCUCAGAUACAACCGUUUCCCGACGCCAAGUUUCGUUCUUCGUGCCACGAGUUACAAACAAUGAAGAAAUCCUCCUCCGCUUCGAAGUUCUUGGUAGAAACCCCAUUUACGUGAGCCGAGAUGGCAAAGUCAAGGUUUUUAGGAGGUUCGAGAGAGGCGAAAUGGGAAAUGGUGAUAUGUUCUGCGUCUCGGCGAAGAAUCCCGUUUGGUAUACUUUGAGAAAAAUCGAAAAUUGCGGCGAAGGUGUUCGACGAAAUGACUCAGAGAGUGAGUUGGCUGUGAAUUUGGAGAGUGGUGUUGAGUUAGAAAGUGCUGAAGAUUUCCAGGAAGAGGGUGUCGAUAUUUCGGAUAUAGACCCAAUUAAAGAAUUCGGGUUUUUGGUUAUAGGGCAUGAAUUUGAUUCCUACCCUACGAAAAUGAUUCGGGAUAUCAAGAAUUGGGAUUGGUUUCUUGAGGAAGCAAGGAAAGAUAGCGAUGAUGAUGAGGAUGACAAUGAGGGGAAGAAAGGAAAGAGGAGUGUUAAAAGGAAGAGAAAGAAAGGUGUAGAAAACGAAGAUGAAGAGUGGAUGGGGGAGAGUGAAGACGAAAAGGUGUUGGUUAAUAAAUCGAAGGGUCAAAAGGGUAAAUACAUAACAAGGUCGAAGGAUCGUGGUAAAAUGAGUGAGGUUACGAGCAAGAGUAAAAGCCCCAUAGGGAAUAGAAUAGGAGAAGUGGACGAUGAAGAUGAGGAAGAAGAUGAUGACGAUGAAGUUGAUGAAACGUUGGGGGGCUUUAUCGUCGGUGAUGAAAACUUGGAGGAUGAGGAAGAAAUUGACGAUGGAGAUGAAGAUGAAGAUGAAGAAGAAUUUGCAGAUGAAGAAGAAGAUGAAUGAGGAUCCAAUCAUGGAUUGCAAACUUAGGAUUUUGUAGGCAUAUUAUCACUUGUUUGUAUGCUUUGUAGGCGUAUUACUCGUUUUCUUUUUCUUUUCUUUUUACUUUAACAAACGAACACGUAUCUAUAUAUGUACAUCGGAUAAAUAUCGCUCUUGUACUGAAGUCCAUAAACCACACUAGUGUAAAUCAUUGGGCAAAUAUUGUGCA